AUGACGGAGCCACCACCACCACCACCACGACGCCCCACCCACCGCCUGUUCUCGCGCUCGCUGUCCGCUUUGGACGGGUACGCUGCCGACGACCAGCCGCCGCGCCUGCGCCGGCGCAGCACCGUCAUCGUCCAGACCAAGAUGCGCGAGUGGCCCCGCUCGGCCAAGUGGGCCGUCGCGCUGCAGGCCCGGCGGCUGAGGAGGAAGUGGCUCGGCCUCGCGAGCGAUAGCGACUAG